AAUGACUUUUAUUCAUCCCAACAAUUUCUAUUGCAACUGACACAUAUUUCAAAUACUCGCACAAAAAUGGUGUUAGGUCUAAUAGUGCCACUUCUGAGCAUCUCACUGCUUCCCCCAGCGUUGAGCGACGUGUGCACGACGGUCGCCUGCCGCAAGGCGUCCAGCGACGUCCUCAGCUUCAUCGACCCUUCAAUUGACCCAUGCCGAGAUUUCUACAAGUUCACCUGCGGCAGCCUGUUCAAGAAGACCUUCGACACGAAACUGGUCUCCUUGGAGGCGCUCGUCGGCAAAGAGGUGGAGGACCAGACGAAGAAGAUGCUGCAGAAAUCCGUCGACCCAAACGAACCGAAGGCCUUCCAAGCCUUGAAGAAGUUUUUCAGAGCGUGCAUGGAUGAGGUUACGAUCGAACGCGACGCCACGCAAACGCUCAAAGACGUUUUGGGGAAUUUGGGCGGAUUGCCCCUGUUGGAAAGCAAAUGGGACGAGAGGAAAUUCAACCUGGAGAACCUCAUGAUUAAGUUACGCGAAUACGGGUACGAGUACAUGCAGCUGUUUUACUUCGGCACGACCGUAGGCGAGGACGAUAAAACUUUAUUGAUUGGCGAACCUAUAAUCAAGAACGUUGAACCGGAUUACGUCGACUCGUACUAUGAGUUUUUGCGGAAGGUCUCGGAGUUGGUCGGGGUGAAAACGUCAACUGCCGAACCAGAAUUGAAAGAUCUGUUGAACUUUAAGCUCGAACUACUGCAGAUCGUGGAGAAAUCCGGUCCAUUCCAGAAGACCACAAUAAGAAACAUCCAAAAAGAAUUCCCUUUGCUCAACUGGUCUAGAUUGAUUAAUAAGAUCAUUCAUCCGAAUAAAGAACAGUCGGACGACCAAGAGAUGUACUUUCCAUCGGUGGAGUACCUGAAGGAGCUCGGGGUCCUUCUCAAAAACACAGCAAAUCGGACGCUUGCCAAUUACAUCAUGUGGCAAACGAUUGAGUCGGCAAUACCGUAUUUGCCGCACGAGUUCAGCCAUCUCAAGGAGAAGUAUCCGCGAGCGUUCUACGACACCAACCACGACGCAUCUACGAAGACGAGGUUGUCGUACUGCAAGAACGAAGCCAAACGAAUAUUUCCGCCGGUAUUCGAACUCAUGUACAUCACCGAGUACUUCCCGCGCGAAAGGAGACAGAGCAUAAAGGACCUGGUGUCGAUUAUUCACAUGGAGUUGAUGAAUCUGUUAAACGAGACCGAGUUGUACGAUGAGAGCACGAGAAAGAUCAUGCUUGAGAAGGCGAAAGCGAUAACGUACCACUUCGGUGCGCCCGAAAGGCUUUUCGAGGAUGGACUGGCUUCGAGGUUGUUCACCAAGGACGAGAACGUAGAGACCAACAACUUCCUAACCUUGGCGUCAAUUCUACUGAGGCAGAGGGCUAACUUCAGGUACAAUCUGCAGAACGGGGUCAACCGCUACGACAACUACUACGAGGAGACCACGCUAGUCCACAGCUUCUACGAGCCUUACCGCAACGCGUUCGUCAUACCAGCGGCGAGCCUCCAGGGCCUGUACUUCAACGAGAAUCGGCCCCAAUACUUAAACUUCGGAACGAUCGGCACCAUCGCCGGCAUCGAGCUGAUACGCGGCUUCACCGAGUCCGGCAGCAAGUUCGACAAGGACGGCAAUCGCGCCGAGACCUGGACGAAGAACACCGACCAAGUGUUCAGCAAAAAGACCGACUGUCUGGUGCGCGAGGCGAGCUUCUUCGAAAUAGAAGACUCGAUCCUGCGGAUGGACGGACGGCUAAUUCUGGAGAAGACCACCUGCGAUUACACCGGCGUAGAGAUUGCCUACCGCGCCUACAACACCUGGGUCAAAAUUUACGGGAAGGAGGCGCAGCUGCCCGGUCUGAAUUACAAUCCGAGGCAGCUGUUUUGGAUUUCGUCGGCGAGCACGUUUUGCGAUACGAUCUCGUUGGACAAUUUGAAACAGUUCAUCGUGGAGGAUCACCAGGUGCAUCCGACGUUUCGCGUUUUUGGCUCGAUGACCAAUAACGAACAUUUUGGCAAGGAUUUUAAUUGUACGAUCGAGUCACCGAUGAACCCGGCCAUUAAGUGCAAGGUGUUCUAGUACCGCCCCCGUAUGUUAACUUCUGUAUUUAUUUAACUGUAAAUAAAGGUCGUAAUGUAUU